AUGGAUCUCUAUAGUGGGUCUACCCGUUUUCAAUGCUACAAGUUCUUAGCAUUGACCGAUCACAGUGAAACACACUCGUUGACAUCGAGUGUUACGGAUUAUCCCGUAGUUCACGGAAGAAGAUAUCACCGAUAUCAUGAGGGAUCGUACAUCUACCCUAACGAUGAGGAUGAGCUUGACCGCCAAGAUUUGCAAUAUCAAAUGUUGAAAUUAGUCAAUCAAGGCAGGAUAUAUUUUGCCCCUCUGGUAAAUCCAAAGCACAUCCUCGAUAUAGGAACUGGUUCUGGCAUUUGGGUAAUCGAAAUGGCCUUAAAGUUUCCUGGUGCCCAAUUUGUUGGUACAGACCUUUCACCUGUUCAGCCCACGCAAGUACCCGAAAAUGUUCAUUUUCUUGUGGACGAUGCAGAAGAACCCGACUGGCUUUGGCCCGAGAACCAUUUCGACUAUAUACACACAUCAAUGUUGCUGGGUUCUCUCCAUUCGUUUUCCCAGCUCCUCCAUACAGCGUACAGAUAUCUGAAACCAGGGGGAUACAUAGAGUGCCACGAUUAUGACAUCGCGAUCCGGUGCGAUGAUGGCAGCCUGCCUCCCGAACAUCCCGAGGGUAAAGGGCCAUAUGCGUUUCAAAACUGGAUAACGCUUCAUAUGAAGUCCACGUCUAAGAUGAUGAACCCACCGCGCCCCGUCAGAUCUGCACAUCAAAUAUCCGCUUGGAUGCGCGAGGCUGGCUACGUGGACGUUCAUGAGCGCAUAACGAAAGUCCCCGUCACAGACUGGGCCAGAGACCCCCGGUUAAAGAGAAUCGGCACGUGGAAUCAAAUGAAUUGGAUGAUGGGAUUGUCAGGAUUUUCAUAUAAUCCCUUUGGAGCGCGUGGGCUGGGCUGGACAAAAGAUCAGAUUGAGGUUUUUCUUGUCGACGUGCGAAAGAGCCUCUAUGAUCGGAGCUACCACAUAUAUAACAACUUCCAUGUCAUCACCGCAAGGAAGCCUUAUUGGUCUAAGAAAUCGAAUAGAUCGGCGGGGUGA